GUAGAAGCUCAGUGAAUACAACACUUGACAGAACCAAUUUGAAGUGUCUCGCUGUCGUGUCAAUAAAAACGUGCUUCAAAAACAUGGUGGCAGCUCAGUGAAGAGGGUGGACCGUUCGACUAGUCAUUAAAUUAUUAGAAGCUUAUUUAGCAGGAGUGUUUGAUACAAUUUAUAAACACCGUAUAAUAAGCUUCAUACAAAACCGAGGAUGACGUCUGAAGAAACCCAAAUAUCUGAAGAACUGAAGGGAUGUUACGAGAAUCUUAUUGUAAUCGACAUUGGCGCGAACUUGACGAACAAGAAAUACGGCCGUGAUCUCGAUUCUGUCGUGCAAAGGGCAAAAGAUGCAGGUGUCCAGAAGAUCAUGGUGACAGGCACAUCAGUGAGGAACAGUAAGGAAGCCCUAAGACUGACUCGUCUCUAUCCCAGCACAAUAUAUUCUACAGCUGGCGUUCACCCACACGAUGCAAAGUCUAUGAUCGAGGAAGAUAUGUGGGGCGACUUACAAGAAAUCGCAGCUGCGCCGGAGUGCGUGGCGGUCGGCGAAUGUGGGCUCAACUACAGCAAGGACUUCUCCGAGCCACAUGUACAGCGUGAAGUUUUCAAACGACAGGUUGAAAUGGCAUGCGAGCUAAGGAAGCCACUAUUCGUCCACGAGAAAGAGGCUCAGGACGAUCUAAUAAAGAUCCUAGACGAAUUCGGUUCUCGUCUACCAGCAGUUGUGAUUCACUCCUUCACCGGAUCCGUCGAACAAGGACUUAAAUACAUAGAAAAAGGAUUUUACUUAGGUAUCACCGGAUAUAUAUGUAAAGAUAAGUCUGAUGGUGGAAUCAGGAGGUUGCUCUCAGAAAGACUGUUGCCUCUUGACAAACUGCUGGUGGAAACUGACUCGCCGUUCAUGUAUCCCAAUAUGAGGGCUUCGAAGCUGCCAUUGCAUGUCAAGGAUUCUCUGACUGAGAGAUCGAUGAACUUCGUGAACCGCUACUGCACGUUUCAACGGAACGAGCCUUGCGCCCUGCCAGCUAUCGUCGAACUGAUCGCCGGAUUCUUAGGACAAAAACCUGAAGAUGUCGCCUUAGCUACAGCGUUCAACGCCCUAAAGAUUUUCGGACUCAGCCAGUGAGUUAGACGAUUAUACACCCUCUUACUUUGAAAAUAAAGGCUAACAGGGACUUGUAAUAACUAUGUUGGGAGAGAUUUCUAUAUGAUUUGUUAUAUUAUUCAUGAAUUAGAAGUAAGAGGGUUGAACAUACCCAUUUAUAUAAAGAAUCGAAAUUCAGUGCCUUAGCGCCGUAGUGCCUUGAUUACAAUGAGUCGAUUAUUCAAAAAUGUUUGAUUAUAUGGGAUGUGACAGUGAUUUAA